AUGGACGAAAAACAUGAUGUCAGGAAUUUAAAAUUUAUAUUUACAGCAAUGAGAGAACUUUCUAUUAUAACGCUGGAGCACGUAAAUAUGCAAAAGAUAUUAAAUGAUCCGAAAGAAAAGUUUGAUCUAAUUAUUGGCGAAUGGAUGUUUAAUGAACUAUAUGCCGGACUUCCAGCGAUAUUUGAAUGUCCUUUUAUAUGGUUCUCAACAGUUGAAUCACACUGGAUGAUAUUAAAGAUAAUCGACGAGUUACCAAAUCCAGCGUACAACUCGGAUAUCGUUUCUAAUAACUCGCCACCAUUUACAUUUAUACAAAGAGUACAGGAAUUAUCUUAUCAGAUUUUUGGUGUACUAGAUCAAUACUUUGUGUUCUCUCCCAUCGAAAAUGAAGAUUAUGAACGAAUUAUCGCUCCAAUUGUUCGAAGAAGAGGAAAAUCUGUGCCUUCGUUUGAGGAAUUGAGAAACAAUAUUUCGUUAGUCCUUGGAAACUCACAUGUAUCAAUUGGACAUGCAACCCGCUUACCACAAAGCUAUAAACCUAUAGCAGGCUAUCAUAUUGAAAAAGUAGUUAAACCUUUACCCCAGGAUCUUAAGGCGAUAAUGGAUAAUGCGGAAAAUGGCGUAAUAUAUUUCAGCUUAGGCACAGGUUUAAAAAGCAAGGAACUGCCUAGUUCAAUUAAAAGAGGUUUACUACAAUUAUUUGCCAAUUUAAAACAAACUGUUAUUUGGAAACUGGAAGAGAACCUACCUGACAGACCGAAAAAUGUGCACAUAUUACAAUGGGCACCUCAGCAAAGUAUUUUAGCUCAUCCAAAUUGUGCAUUAUUUAUUACACAUGGAGGUUUGCUUUCAUCUACUGAGACACUCCACUUUGGAGUACCUAUAAUUGGAAUACCUGUGCUUGCUGAUCAGUUUAAUAACAUUGACAGAGCUGUGAAGAAAGGUUAUGCGAUAAGAGUGGACCUCACAUAUUCCCUGGUUGAUGACUUAAAAGUGGCAAUCAAUAACAUGCUCAGUGAUCCCAAAUAUAAGAAAACAGUAAAAGAACUGUCGUUUAUAUACCACGAUAGACCAGUGUCUCCGGGAGAUGAGCUAGUGCACUGGGCGGAGCAUGUCAUACGUACGGGUGGUGCGUUACACCUCCGUUCCCCAGCGCUGGAUGUCGCGUGGUACCAGAAGAUGUACCUAGAUUUAGCUGCUGUUAUGUUUAUUGUUUUGGCAAUAUUUAUAUUAUUUUUCAAUUUGCUUAUAAAACAAAUUUCGUCGAGUAAACGUGAUAUCGAAAGGAAGAGAAAAUAG